AUGGACAUACCAAGAAUACAAGAACACCCACCAGUUUUUCAACUUGCUAACACUGCACACAUUAAUCGGUGUUUUCAAGCAUUGAAGCAAAAUCCGGCAUGGCCAUUCGAGUAUGUUGGAUUCGAUACGGAAACCACAGUAUUUCGUAAAGAAAAUCAUCGAGUAGUCUCAAUGAUACAAAUUGCAACACGCGAAUUAUGUCUUCUUUUUCAAGUUUACCGAAUCACGCGAGGAGACCGAACAAAAUUUCCGCGUCAACUAGCUAACUUUCUCGAUGACCAAAAAAUCCUAAAAGUCGGCGUGAAUGCAAGUGGUGACGCUGACUGGCUUCACGAAUCUUACAAGAUUCGGUGCCGUGGUACAGUCGAUUUAGAGAUGUUGGCGCAAGAAAAAGGGUUACCUAAAUUAUCACUAAGCGAAUUGACGCUGAUGUAUGGUGACCCUGGUCUGGUGCUGGAUAAAUCUAAAAAUUUGAUAAGAAAAUGGAAUUUUGAUGCAGUGCAGUUGGACAAUAGGUUGGUUCAGUAUGCGGCUGCGGAUGCGUUCGCAGGAUAUCAGAUUUAUUGUAAUAUGUUGGCAGAUAGACUAAAUCCUGAGUAUAAGACUUGGGCUGAGCGGUAUCCCAUGACCAGGGAAGAAGAGGAGCAAGAAAUACAUGAAUUGAUUUUGAGACAAUUUAAAAAAGGCAGGCCAAUCAAAUUGUUUAAACUGCUUAAUGCAAUUCAAUACGGAUACAGUCGUUGGCUUAAAACUAUUCCGGAUGGUGAAACUCGACGUCAAGAAUCAAAAAACACCAUACAAAAAUUCAUUUCUCAAGGCCUUAUUCUUUUAGCUCCAGAAGAAGAUGAAGACGAAUCCAGCACCAUCAAUAAUCAAGAACAAAACACCAAAUCAGAAAUAUCAGCAGCAACAACACCAUCACCAUCACCACCAUCCACAUCGCAAGAGGUCUCAGUCUACGACCCCAAUUCAAAUAGCCUAUUAUCACUAGAAAUUUCGGUAAUGUUGCCUGGUGUACCAUUAGAUACGUUGAUAAGCUUUGAGAAUGCGAUCCCGUUUUUUGAAUCAAAAGGACUAUUAUCAAAUCACCGAUUACUCUUGCAAGAAAUUGUACAAUUCUUGGAGAAACCUAUCCGUCGUAAAGUUCUGUUACAGAAUUACCAGAACAGUGAGACGGCUGUGUUAUUCAAAGACAAGUUGGAAACAUCAGCAUCAGCUUCAAAUACUACUCUUAACAAAAAAUUCCUUCUGGAAGUCGAAGAGUUGGUUCGGUUGAAAGCUUUGGUAGCCCCACCUAAUGAUAACAAAGGCAAUAUUUAUUUUAAUCCGCAAUGGGAGAAAGAAUUGGAGCAAAUUUAUAAUGGCCCAAUUAAAAAUUCAUAA